GUGCGUGUCCGCGUUUUCACGGAAGCGCCGCGCUACCGGCGUCGUCGAUCGCUCACAUCGCGACACAUUGUCCGUCCGUCGCGACGUCGCCUUCUCGCGUUACGUUACACUACGUUCUCCCUCGGGUCUCGCCGGGAAAGAGAGUGCGUAGAUAUCUCCAUCUCGCUCCCCCUUCCCCCGAUCCCUAUCUAUCCCAUAUAAUCGUUCGUGUAUCGCUACUUUGCUGUUUUUGUCGCCUCUUGUCGCCCUCCCCCCGUCUCUAUCCCGUGUGUUUGUGCGAUUUUGUUGAUCGUCUCAUCAUCAGCGUCUUGUGCUCCCAUCGUCAUCGUCACCAUCAUCAUCGUCGCCAACAUCACGCUGCACCCACGCUGCAACGCGACAUGUUCACGAUGGACGGGUGAUGUCGCAGAGCGCAGAGGAUGUCACGUCGCAAGCAGAGCAACCCCAAGCCGCUGAAACGAGCAGCUUAGGACAAACGAGAGAGGAGGAGGAGGCAUCAGACGAUCGUAAAGGGGAGGAUGAGGAAUGGAGUGACUCGGAGAAGACCCCGUCGGUGAGCAGCGGCGUGGACGGUGGCGGAUCCGCGGUGUCGAGUCCAAUCGCGCCACCGGUGGUUGAAGAAGACUCGAGUUUACCGCCCCCUCCGAGACUCAACCCCCCAUCAUCCUCGACCAGCUCCUCCGCCAGCGAAGAUAUCAGACUGCGCCUAAGUGUGCUUUCGGAGGAUACUAGGAAGCGUCUGGUCAGUCUUACCGAGGACAUCGAGAUUGCCAGGGGUAUACGAGACCGCCAUGCGCCGUCGUCCAGAAGCGCGCGGACGCGGGAGUCGAGUCCCAAGGACGUCGACGAGGAUCAACAGGCUGUUAAGGAGGACGAGUGCCAGCCGAGGCCGUCGUCCUCGUCAUCAUCGUCCACCGCCAUCAGGAGACGGGACUCCGUCUGUCGCAGGGACUCGGAGGACUCCGUCACCGCGGUGGCCACCGAGGCCAAGAGGAUGAGACUCGACGACGAGGCAGCACCAAGACUGAGACUCAAUGCUAGUCUGGCGACGGAUCCCGCACUGCGACCCGCCGCUGUCGCCGCGCUUACCGUGAAGCCCGAGAACACGUCGCCGCCGAACCAGACGCCGCCGCUUCCAGCCGGGCUUCAGAACGCCAUCGCAUCGGGUCGGCUGUUCGUCCUGCCGACCGAUGGCAAGGAAACGAUCACGGUGGAGCCGGCUAGGCCGCCACCGACCGCCCUGAUCUGCCCACCGUGCGGCAUCCGGUUCAGUUCGGCGAGCACCCUCGAGGCCCAUCGUACCUUCUACUGCGCCCAUCGACCGCGCGCUGACGAAGACGCGACGAACGACGAGGACGACGACGGCAAGUCCGGCGGCAAGUUCGAGGUGCGAAAGGCGUAUGCGUGUCCGCACUGCUCGUACAGCGCCGACAAGAAGGUGUCUCUGAAUCGUCACAUGCGGAUGCACGCGGCCUCGCCGGCGCCGUCGACGAUACCAACGGCAGCGACGGCGGUGUCGGCGAACCCGAACUCCUCGACGGGCAACCCUCCCGGUCAGACCGCCGCAUCUAACGGUUCUUUGAACGAGGAGGCCGAAAGAUACUGCAGGAAUUGUGACAUUAGGUUCAGCUCCUUGAAGACGUACAGGGCGCACAAGACACAUUAUUGCAGCACCAGGCACGUGGUGAAGGACACGUUACCGACGCCCACGGCAACGUCGGCGUCCUCGGUGAAAGCAUCACCGCCGACCAGCUCGAGUCCCGGUGAUUCGCCGCCUCCUCAGCCGUGCCUGGCGCUACCUACCAAUCCCAUCCUUAUCGUACCAUAUUCGUUGUUUCGCGGCGCGAGCGUCCUCGCCGCGCCGGCACUUCCGGCCCCUGACACAGCGUGCUUCCUUUUGCCAAACGGUUCCCUUCAACCAAUGACGAGGGGUCUCACUCCGACAACACAGAACGCGGUAGUAGAGCCGCCAGCUGUACUAAGAGCAGCGAAUAAACCCUCGACGCCAGCGUCGGUUGUGGCAACAUCUACGUCGCCAUCUGCUUCGGCGCCCCUUGAUCUCAGCGUACGCAGAUCACCGGUGCACCAAGACGAGAAGGAGAACAGGAUGUCGCCAACACCGUCGUCCCUGCCGCCACCUCCGGGCAGUCCCAGAUCCAGGGGCAGCGGUAGUCCUAGAACGAGAUCCAUCGGUCCGGCGCAGACGGUCGCCGUCGCGCCACCCCCGCCCACGGAGCUCGCCCUGAGACUCGCCGAGCUGCCGCCACCCCCUGUUCCCGGAGUACUCGUCAAACAAGGCGUCUCCAGGUGCAAGGAAUGCAAUAUCGUGUUCUGUAGACACGAGAAUUUUGUCGCUCAUAAGAAGCAUUACUGCCAGGCAAGGGAGACGACGGUGAGCAACAGUCCACCACCCCCUGGCACGCCCCCGCCACCCAUCUGCGUCCAGCUCAUCUGCGCCGCGUGCGGCAUCAAAUUCGCUUCCAUGGACAAUCUGGUCGCUCACCAGGCGUUUUACUGUCCUAAAAGGCCCGAACCACAGGAGCAUCACACGCGGUGUUCUAAGUGCAAGGCGAUAAUAGAACCCGGCGGCAAUCAUACCUGCGCCAGUGGUACGACUGGUGGUUGGCGAUGUCCGGUUUGCGGUGCCGUCAGCCCCACGGCCGGUGCUGCCCAGCGUCACAUGGAUGCCCACCAAGGUGUCAAGGCCUUUCGAUGCACGAUCUGCCGUUACAAAGGCAAUACUCUACGCGGUAUGAGGACCCAUAUAAGGAUGCACUUUGAGAAGCGCGGCACUGAUCUACAGGAAGAGAAUUACAUAACGUGCGUACUGGAUGACGAGGCGACGCUCCCGACACCGGAGCCUGCGGCCGCCACGACGCCGGAGGAGAUUCCCGCAGAGAUCCAGGUGAAUGGCAAGACGGAGAUACGGAAGAGCCCGCAACCGCCGCCGCCGCCGCCGCCGCCACCGCCUCCGCUGGUGCCGGCAAUCGCUAGCAAGGUGAAGCAGGAACGCGAAGACACGCCACCGCCGGAGGAGAGUUUGGACCCCAGCAAAAGCGGUCCUCGCUACUGUCGCUCCUGCGACAUCAGUUUUAAUUAUUUGAGCACCUUUAUCGCUCAUAAGAAAUUUUACUGCUCGAGUCACGCCGGUGAGGCGAGUAAUAAUAAUAAUAACAACAACAAUAACAAUAAUGCUAGCGGUCAUCCGACACCUCCGCCAACUGGCAGGACUGAGGCGUCGGUGCUGUAAAAUUCCAUGAAAUUUUGUAAUCGCAACAAGAUCAUUUCUCUGCCGUUCGUUUUUCUUCCGAGAAAAAAUAAAUAUAAUGUAUGCUUUAAAAUAUUUGAAAAAUUGAUUCUCUCGACAAGUAUACACAAUUUUUCUCGAUGGAACCAAUUUUUUGUUAGAUAAAUAAUAAACUACAUUAUAUUCUUAAAAGCUAAUGUGUGGUCAAAUUACUUCUAAGUGAGUUUAUUUCAGUGGAAACAUCACAUUUUGGGGGGAAUUUUUAGGAAGAGAAAUGAAACACGAGAGAUGCGAUGACCGCCUAAACGGGGACUAUUAAUUGUUGCCAGUUUAUACAUAUAAUGAAGGACUAUCGGACUUCUUAAUUGACUGCUACGUUGUGUGAUUUUUGUUGAUCCAGGGAAUCGUUCGUACUUAUUAUAAGCCGAAGGUAUCUAUAUGUACAUAUAAUAUAUAUAUGCGUAUGCGCAAGGGUGAGCUCGCAGGAAUAGAGAAUGUGCAAACAGAGCCGUAAUUAGAUAAUUAUAUAUAAAUUAAUAUAUAAUCUACAUAUGUAUACGCGAUAAUGAAAUAAACUUUAACGAUGCAAUUGUAUAAAAAAGCUUUAAUUUUGUUCUCGUAUAAGAAACUAAUAGCGAAUUUGAUUGGAUGUACUAGUGAGCACUGGUGCACAUAAAGAUUAUUAUACACAAAUUUACGAUGAUAACAUAAGUAAUUAAAAAAGUAAAAUAAUUAAUACUAAACUAUUAUUAUUGCUGUUCGAAUAAUGAUAAUAAUAACAUACAUAUUAU